AUGCAUGUUGAGAUCUCUCCAACAGAAAUAAUGCAUUGUUGCAGACAUGCCAGGGUGGCCUUUUCACCCGGCUCGCCCUUUCACCAUCUCAUUGGCGAUGUCGCGGGACUCUGGACAGUGCGCCGCCCUUUUGGCGUGGCGUCUUGCCUACGAAGGCAUUUGGACCCACCGGUGUUCUCAUUUGCCAAAUGGACGGAUAACGCACCCGACAACAGCAAUUUAAUAAUACGGAUAUUGAACUCCCGGGAUAAAGAACGCAAAUCCUCAAAAUCCCGGAGAUCUAAGAGUGAAGAGCACCCAAAGCACCUACUCAGGGCUCUUGAAGGAGUCAUCCGUGCGCGGGACCAGGCUGAAUUCAAUACCCUUUGGAUGGACGUCAAAUCUCUUCUAAAAGACCAUGAGAAGCUUGACAAAUGGAUAUCAAAAAUCUCUCUUGUAAAUUGGGUAGAGUUCUUAGGAGGGGUCUUUAACAGACCAGAAUUAGAAUUGGAAGCCAAAGUCGGGAACCUCACGGUUCUCGUCCGUGCUAUGGCAAGAUAUUACCCUUCGAGUCUACUCGACGUUCUGGUCUUUCAGGCACUGUGGGGUUCAAGAGUGGACGGCCAUUCAAUGGCCGAUGAUCCUUCAGCAGCAGCUAGAUUUCUUGCAAUCUGGGAAUAUACGAAGAAUAUAGUUGGUGACUCCUCACCGAAACCGACGAACGCUCCCAUAACCUUACGGGCCGCCGAUUUGAAGGGCCUCGAUACAGCGCUUCAGUCGGUUUUUCGCAAUGCAGCACGCAUCAAGUAUUUACCUGAAUACACUCCAAGUAUUGUGGAGGCUUGCUGGCAAAUGUUUGAUCGAUUGUGGACUGAGCUGGAAGUCAUUCGGCCCUUGCUGACGCCUGCCGCGGACUAUAAAGCACUCCUCAUCGUACUACAGAGGCACAGUAACGUAAAUUACGUUCGGAAAGUCGUCAGCCGAAUGCGGAUGGUGGCUCCUCUGAGUACAUUCGAGUACAACGCUCUUCUCAAGGUCGAGGGGAGAACUGGGAAUGUCAGUUCGCUAGUUUCAAUCUGGCAAGAAAUGAAAGCUGGUGGUGCUCACUCGGCGCCAAACUCUGCCAGUUUGGAAACGGUUGCACAGGGACUAAGAGCGGCCAUGGUGCAGCUUUUGCGUGCUGACGAUGUUGAACCGGAAAAUCUUGAGGCCGUCUGGAACGCAUUCCAGGUCUUGUGGAAUGACAUUGGGGAUGUCCUAGACUCUGACCACUACAAGCAACUUCUAGCACUGGUGAAAAGACGGCCGGUUGAUGGGGACAUGCAAAUUGUACGGGUUAGAUGGGUGCUUGAUAGGAUGCGGGAAACUGGUAUCGACACCCGAAUACAUGAGCAAGUGUUGCUUAAGUCGGGAGACUCUCCAGAUCCGAAAAUAAUUCUGCAGAUAUGGAAGGAAAUGCAAGCGACUGGCACCCAGCUAGAUAAGGAUGCCAGCAAGCGAGUUCUUUUCGCCUAUACCCAAACAGGAGAUUACGCAGGCUUUCUGAGCUUGGCUAAUUCCUUGCAGAGAGAAGGAGUGACGUUGGAAGGAUGGGCUUUAUCACCUGCGUUUAACAACGCGCUACGUUGGUUUGGAAAACGCCGCAAAUUGACAGAAUUCACAGAAGUUAUUACUCUUAUGCAAUCCCUCGGGGUAAAACCAACUUCCCAUACUCUUGACGUCACGAUCGCAUUCUAUGCGAAAGAGGGGUUUCUCCAGAAAGCGGAAGAGAUUUGCUUUACUGAGAGGAAUGAUGACGUUAGCCCAAGUAUUGUCGGGUAUACUUCCCUCCUUGCUGCAUAUUUCAAGCACAAUGAAUCAGAACGGGCGCGGAACUUACUGGAGGAGCUAAAAACCCGACAAAUCCAGUUUGAUGUGGUCACAUACGGAUCUAUCAUCCACGGUUAUACCAAAAUGAAAGAUAUGGACUCUGCAGAAGAGUGGGUCAGAGCAAUGGCAAAGACAGGGCACGAACCAAAUGAAAUUGUUUACGGUCACAUAAUCAACGGGUACCUUAAUGCAGGAAACCCGGAAAAAGCGAGGCAAAUACUUCACAUGAUGAAGGAGAAUGGCAUUGUUCAACCUGGCCACAUGUGCUACGCACCGCUAGUCAACUACUAUCUCAAGGCAGGUCAGUGGGAGAACGCCGAGGAGUUAAAACUUGAAAUGUCAAACUUGCCUUCAGUGCAUACUCGGUAUCACAGUAUAUACAGGCCGUAUAUUCAGCAUCAUCUGGAUUGUGAUGAGGUCGCUUCCGCGGAUAAGUUAGUGGACGAACUACAGGGCGCUGGUAUUCCCCUGGACGAACGUGUGUACGGCUUGUAUAUAACCUACUUUGCCCGACGACUGGACUAUGCGCAAGCGUUGCAAUGGUUGCACCGUGCUGAGCAAGCCUCGGAAGCAUCCUAUCCCUGCUAUAGUUCUCUCCUCAACAGUUACGCUCGCCGCGGGCGAGUGGACGAUGCGGAAGCUCUCUUUGAACGUAUGAUGGCGAACGGCGUACAACCGAAUGCUGGAACUUUUGCCAUAAUGAUGAGAGCCCACGGCCGGGCUGGAAAUCCGCAGAAGGCCGUUCUGAUUUGGGAACAGCUACGAACUCUCAAGGUGGCCCUGGACGGACGCAUUGUGGGGCACUUUCUCAGCCUUUGUAAAGAAUCGGGUUUGAUGGACUUUGCCCGCUUGGAGUGGCAUGUAUUGCGGGAGAGUGUCACACUUAAUGCGUCGCAUUACAAAAUCUAUAUUGAAGGACUGCUUCUGAGUGGUAUGCUGGACGAGGUGAAGCGAGUUCUUGUGGACGAUAUGCGCAGUGAGAAUAUUGUGCUCAGCGAGGACUUGUGGACGAAUGUAUUUAGAGCGAUGAAAGCUGCCGAUCGGCACCAAGAUAUGCAAGAUCUCAAAGCAUAUAAGAGCUACUUGAGCCAACGGGACGAAAGCGAUAGACGGAAGAUCAUGUACCUUGAUGAUUAGAUAGUUUGCGUUAAUUAGGUGGUGAGAAACCAGGCUCCUGUACAGAUUCUCAACACCAUCACAUGUAAAUAGGAAUCAUAAAGCUACAUUCGGGGAAUAGUAAUCGGCCCUCAAGAAAAGAUGA